CCUCACACGUGUAGUUCGCACAAUUGCCACAAAACCAAUUUUAUUUAUUUAUUUUUGUCUAUAUAAAUCUUCCAGAACGUUCCUUCAUUUCUAUUUGUGUUCGAAUUUCGAUCUCUUCUUCACUACCUCCCACUCUGAGAUCUCAACUAUCCAUUGUUAUUAUUUAUUCAGAUUCGUGAAAUAGUAGAAGGAAAUGGCUACAAAGAGAAGCGUUGGAACAUUGAAAGAAGGUGAUUUGAAGGGAAAGAAGGUUUUCGUUAGGGUUGAUCUAAACGUUCCUUUGGAUGAUAACUUGAACAUCACUGAUGAUACCAGAAUCCGUGCUGCUGUUCCCACCAUCAAAUACUUGUCUGGUUUUGGUGCCAAAGUCAUCCUUUCUUCCCAUUUGGGACGUCCAAAGGGUGUAACACCCAAAUACAGUUUGAAACCUCUUGUGCCAAGGUUGUCUGAGCUUCUUGGAAUUGAGGUUAAAAUUGCUGACGAUUGUAUUGGUGAGGAGGUUGAGAAGUUGGUUGCACAAAUUCCAGAAGGUGGUGUUUUGCUUCUAGAGAAUGUGAGGUUCCACAAAGAAGAAGAGAAGAACGAUCCUGAAUUUGCAAAGAAGUUGGCUUCCCUUGCUGAUCUCUACGUGAAUGAUGCAUUUGGAACUGCCCACCGUGCUCAUGCUUCGACCGAAGGUGUCACUAAAUACUUGAAGCCCUCUGUUGCAGGAUUCCUUAUGCAGAAGGAGCUUGACUAUCUAGUUGGAGCCGUUGCGAACCCCAAGAAACCUUUUGCUGCUAUUGUUGGUGGGUCAAAGGUGUCUUCCAAGAUUGGUGUAAUUGAAUCCUUGUUGGAGAAGGUCGACAUUCUCUUGCUUGGUGGAGGGAUGAUUUUUACCUUUUACAAGGCUCAGGGUUAUUCGGUUGGGUCAUCCCUUGUUGAGGAAGACAAGCUUGAACUUGCAAAUACACUUAUUGAAAAAGCCAAGGCCAAGGGAGUUUCCCUGUUGCUUCCAACUGAUGUGGUCAUAGCUGACAAGUUUGCUGCCGAUGCUAAUGACAAGAUUGUGUCAGCAUCAAGCAUCCCUGAUGGAUGGAUGGGAUUGGAUAUUGGUCCUGAUUCCAUCAAAACAUUUAAUGAAGCAUUGGACAAGAGCCAGACCAUCAUUUGGAAUGGACCAAUGGGAGUUUUUGAAUUUGAUAAGUUUGCAGCAGGAACUGAGGCCAUAGCGAAGAAACUGGCAGAAGUAAGUGACAAGGGAGUAACAACCAUCAUCGGAGGAGGUGACUCAGUAGCAGCUGUGGAGAAGGUUGGACUAGCAGACAAGAUGAGUCACAUCUCUACUGGUGGAGGUGCAAGCUUAGAGCUUCUUGAGGGGAAGCCACUCCCUGGAGUCCUUGCUCUUGAUGAUGCUUAAAGCAGCAAAAACAAGUUGUAUUGUGUUUUAUAUUUUUAUAUAAUGGUUGGGUUUCAACCAAUGUUGGAGUGAGGUUUAAAUUAGAGCUGCUUUUGUAGAGGCUUAAUUAAUAUAGGGUAGAUUCUAAAAUAAAAAGGUUUUGGCGGCAUCGAUGGUGCUUGAUUGAUCAAAUUGUUCCUCUGGACAAUGUUCAUUUUUAAAGGAGUUUGCUUAUUUAGUUGUUUUCCUUUUGCUUU